AGGGUAUGGGUGAGCCCAGUUCCUGCUCCCUCUGCAGCCGACAUCUGCUCAGCAUGGCCGUGGUGCUGGCCCUCCAGCUGCUGACCCUCUGGCCUCUGUGUUGUGCAGACAGGACUCUAACUGCCCCCCCAGCCUCAUACCGCAAGCCUUUGCUGGGGGCUCAGCCAGCUGAAGUUGUAGCCCCUGGGGUCAAUGUGACCUUGAAGUGUCUGGCGCCCCAACCUGCCUGGAAGUUUGUGCUCUUCAAGUCUGGAGAGAUCCCCCAAGUGCUGGAGCAGAAUGUGUCCGUGGAGCUGGCAGAGUUCUUCCUGGAGGAGGUGACCCCUGCCCAGGGGGGCAGUUACCACUGCUGCUACCAGAGGCCUGGAUGGGAGCUGGGUGUCUGGUCCCCCCCGAGCAAUACUGUGGAACUACUGGUGACAGACGAGCUGCCGCAGCCCGGGCUGGAGGCUCUGCCCGGCGCCCCGCUCACGCUGCGCUGCUCGGGCGGCCCGCGGGGCAUGAGCUUCGCGCUGUACCUCGAGGGCCGGGCGACGCCGCUGCAGUACCGCCGCUCCGCGCAGCCCUGGGCCGACUUCGCGCUGGGCGCCCGCGCCGCCGGCACCUACAGCUGCUACUACCACACGCCCUCGGCGCCCUACGUGCUGUCCCCGCGCAGCGAGCCCCUGGCCAUCCGCCCCGACGGCUCCCCUGACCACACCCGUGGCAACCUCAUCCGCCUUGGGCUGGCCGGCCUAGUCCUCCUCUCCCUGGCCAUGCUGGUCGUUGUCGACUGGCGCAGCCAGACUGGCGCUCCUGGUCGCAUCCAGCCCCGAGCCCCAGAGGGCUUGCAGCACGAGACUUCGCCACAUAACGCUAGACCACACACUCCUCCCCAGAGGGACCGGAUUGUUUUACCUCUGUAUCCCCACACUCUGGCACAGAGGUCUUAGGAGACUUGCACGGCGUGACUGAGUGAGCUCACCAUGCUGAAGAUUACGUAAGCUGGCCCUGUCCUCUCGCCAUCUACCUCAUGUUGAAGAAUGGUGCCCCCACCAUGUGACAUCCUGAUUCCUAGAAGGUGUUAUUCAUGGCAAAAGGGACAUCACACGUGUGAUUAAAUUAAGAAUCAAAAGAUGGGGAGAUUAUCCUGGAUCAUUUGCAUGGGUUCGAUGUAAUCACAAGGGUCCUUAUAAGAGGGAGGCAGUGGGUCAGGGCCAGAGAAGGUGAUGUGAAGAUGACAGCAGAUGUCAGUGUGAUGAGGGGCCACAAGCCAAGGAAUGCAGGUGCCUCUAAAAGCUGGAGAAAAAGGAACUUCAUUCCUCUUUAUUGCCUCCAGAAGGAAUGCAGCCUGCAGAACCAUUUUGGAUGGACCUUUCAGGGCUGAAAGGUUAAAAAUGAAUGUUGUUUUCGGCCACUUAAUUUGUGACAAUCUGUUAUAAUAGCAAUAGAGAAACAAAUACUAUUAGCUUCAA